CACGCUUGAAUUGCGUCAUCGGUGGGCGACCAGAGCAGGCUGGUGAUUGGUCAAACUCGCUCUCUGAUUGGACAGUUUCCUUCCUGACGAGUCAAAUGCGACGGAAAAGGGAGGCAGCUGACGUGAGUUAUAAACAACAGCAGUCAGUAGCUGAUAAGUUGAUAAGAAGGAGUUUAAACCCGUAGUAGUCUUGUAGUUUGUGUCCUGAGUUUUCAAGAGGAGAAAAUGAGCAUUAAAAGAAAUUCAGCCGCAGAUUUACAAAGCGUCUCCGGGGACAUCGAAGGAAACGAAACAACACCUUUAUUAACAAAUGGAACAGUGCAGAUCAAAGCCAAAGGAGCCUCCUUCGCCAUCUCUGUGUUUAACCUGAUGAAUGCCAUAAUGGGCAGCGGCAUACUGGGUCUAGCUUAUGCUAUGGCUAACACUGGAAUAGUUGGUUUUUCUCUCCUGUUAGUACUCGUGUCCAGCCUGGCAGCCUACUCUAUACAUCUCCUUCUGAAGCUAUGUGACCAAACAGGUAUUAAUUCAUAUGAAGACUUGGGAGAGAGAGCCUUGCAAAAACCAGGAAAAGUUCUGGUUGGAAUUGCUAUUAUUAUCCAAAAUAUUGGUGCCAUGUCAUCCUAUUUGUUUAUCCUGAAGUCAGAGCUUCCUGCAGCCAUCGACAGCCUGUUGAGCCCAGGCAGCACAGGACAUGCCUGGUAUGAAGAUGGCAGGUUGCUUCUGAUCAUAAUCACACUUUGCAUUGUUCUACCUCUGUCAAUGUCCCCUAAGAUUGGCUUCCUGGGCUACACUAGUGGCGUGGCCCUUUUCUUUAUGCUGUACUUUGUAAUUGUGGUUGUGGUCAAGAAAUGGUCCAUCGCCUGCCCACUGCCUCACAAUGUGACAACACUUUCAGGUCCCUUCCAGAUAUCAAAUUCCUCUGACUCAGAAUGUACACCCAAACUCUUUGUCAUCUCCAGUAAGAGCGGCUUCGCCAUCCCGACCAUGGCCUUUUCCUUCCUGUGCCACACGACUAUCCUGCCAAUCUACUGCGAGCUGGACCGACCUACUAAGGCCAAGAUGCAGAACAUUACGAAUGUCGUCAUUAGCCUCAGCUUCCUGCUUUACCUCAUUUCUGCGCUGUUUGGCUACCUCACCUUCUACGCGCAUGUGGACUCUGAGCUGUUGCUUGGCUACGACAGGUAUUUGCCGAAGGACAUCAUGGUGAUGGUGGUUCGACUGACCAUCCUGCUCUCUGUGUUGCUGACUGUGCCUCUUAUUCACUUCCCUGCCCGCAAGGCUGUGAUCUUGAUACUGUUUGGAGGUCGUCCCUUCUCCUGGCUGAUCCACAUCAUUGCAACUCUAAUCAUCCUGGGUGUGGUGCUGCUGCUCGCCCUCUUUGUGCCCGAUAUCAGAAAUGUGUUUGGAGUAGUAGGAUCGACAACAUCCACCUGCCUGUUGUUUAUUUUCCCCGGCAUUUUCUACCUCAAGAUCAACACGGGACCCCUCAGGUCCUUUGACUCCAUUGGGGCUGUACUGCUCGUGAUCUUUGGUUUCAUAAUGGGAAUCAUCAGCUUCUCUAUCAUUGUCAUCACAUGGGCACGUGAGUCCUAACCUCGCCUGGCCCCCUUUCUCAAAUUAAGCACAACCGCAAAGAAAGGGGAACGUGUGCCAAAGAACCUGAAUAGCGGAUAAAGAAAGGGAAUUUAUGCUAAUCAGCAUCACCUCAGGGAGAUUAUGUAUGGAGUUGUUCUCAACACUAGAUUAGUCAAAUUUAGACCAAACUUUGCACAUAUGAGCGUUAACAAUAUGAGGUCUUUUCAUGUUACACUUACUUAUUUUGUAUUUUACAUAAGGUGCAUGAUCAGCCACACACAGCAAAACAAUCUGCUAGUAUUUGCAAGCUGUUAACUAAGUCUGAACCUGUAAAUGUAUCAGGGUGGGGGAGGGUAUCACUUUGUUUAUGGAACAUUUUCACAGUUUCACUGUACAUGCACAAUCACUAAGUUUUCAUUCCACGAUUUAUUUUUAAAAAAAGAAUGUUUGUAUUCAUGUAUUUUCUAAACCUCAGGUGCAAUUAUUUCUGCUGCUACUUGAAAUAUUUAUCUUUUUUAAUCAAUGUGACAAAGACCAGUUGAUUCCAAUGUACUGUAUGUGGUUAAAAUGUUCAGUAGAAUAAUGUAAUUAUAUUCUUCAAGUUACUGGCAUUCAAUAAAAGGGAAAUUGUUUAUAUCCUGA